CCGGCCGCGCGGGCCCGUAUCCGGUGUCCGCCGCCCUCGUUCCGCCGCCGCCGCGAUGCUGUCUCGCGCCCGCUGCGUGUCCCGGGCGCUCAGCCGCUCGCUCUCCGCCUUCCAGAAGGGGAGCUGCCCUCCAGGGAGACGUUCCCUGCCUGGGGUCUCCUUAUGCCAGGGACCAGGUUACCCUGACAGCAGGAAGACUGUCAUUAACAACAGUAGUGUCUUCAACAUUCGCUUCUUCAGAACUACAGCUGUGUGCAAGGAUGAUUUGGUUACAGUCAAAACCCCAGCAUUUGCAGAAUCUGUCACAGAAGGAGAUGUCAGGUGGGAGAAAGCUGUUGGAGAUACAGUUGCAGAAGAUGAAGUGGUUUGUGAGAUUGAAACUGACAAGACAUCUGUGCAGGUUCCAUCACCAGCAAAUGGCGUGAUUGAAGCUCUUUUGGUACCUGAUGGGGGAAAAGUUGAAGGAGGCACCCCUCUUUUCACACUCAGGAAAACCGGUGCUGCUCCUGCUAAGGCCAAGCCAGCUGAAGCACCUACUGCCCCCAAGGCAGAGCUUACAGCAUCAGCCAUUUCUCCUCCUGUAGCCCCCAUCCCCACUCACAUGCCACCGGUGCCCUCACCCACACAACCUCCUUCUAGCAAACCAGUGUCUGCAAUAAAACCCACUGCUGCCCCUCCACUAAUGGAGCCAGGAGCUGGCAAAGGUCUACGUUCAGAACAUCGGGAGAAGAUGAAUAGGAUGCGGCAGCGCAUUGCUCAGCGUCUGAAGGAGGCCCAGAACACAUGUGCAAUGCUGACCACGUUCAAUGAGAUCGACAUGAGUAACAUCCAGGAGAUGAGGGCUCGGCACAAAGAUGCUUUUCUGAAGAAACAUAACCUCAAGCUGGGCUUUAUGUCAGCAUUUGUAAAGGCCUCAGCCUUUGCCCUACAGGAACAGCCUGUUGUCAAUGCAGUGAUUGAUGACACAACCAAAGAGGUGGUAUAUAGGGAUUACAUCGACAUCAGUGUUGCGGUGGCCACCCCACGGGGUCUCGUGGUUCCUGUCAUCAGGAAUGUGGAAGCCAUGAAUUAUGCAGAUAUUGAACGGACCAUCACUGAGCUGGGAGAGAAGGCUCGAAAGAAUGAACUUGCCAUUGAAGAUAUGGAUGGUGGCACAUUCACCAUCAGCAACGGAGGUGUCUUUGGCUCACUCUUUGGGACGCCCAUAAUCAACCCCCCACAGUCUGCCAUCCUGGGCAUGCAUGGCAUCUUCGACAGGCCUGUGGCCGUGGGAGGCAAGGUGGAAGUGCGGCCCAUGAUGUUCGUGGCACUGACCUAUGAUCACCGGCUGAUCGACGGCAGAGAGGCUGUGACCUUCCUCCGCAAAAUCAAGGCAGCAGUCGAGGAUCCCAGAGUCCUCCUCCUGGACCUUUAGGAGGAGGCCACAUGCCCUCCAGAUGGAUCCUGCAGGAACUGAAAACCAGUCUUCUCCCUAUCCCCUCUUGGGUCCUGGGUUAGCCUGGAGACAGGCGGGCACAUGCUGUUGACCUCAAUCAAAGAAGCAGGGCACUAUGUAA